AUGGGCCCAUCUGACUCCUCGACCAACAAUCAGUGCUCGCGCCUGGAGUCGUUGCCCGUUGAAAUCUUGCAGUUGAUCUUCCUCCAUAGCUUGGAGGUCAACCUUCCGCGCGCAUCGCCACGCCUUGGCAAUGCCUUGUCUUCGCCCUUGCUAUACACAUGGCUCAUUCGGCUUGUGUUCAGCAGCCCCAACCCUGGCUCGCGGGAAGGUUUCUUUACCCCGGACUUUUUACCCCCGCCGCUGGAUUUCUGGGCCCUGUCAUGGGAAGAGCGCGCACAUUUGCAAACGACCCUGUUAGCAUGUCGCUGGUGCACAUUUACUUUGCUGCGCAAGUGUCAACGGGAAUAUGUCAACCAUGCGAUUCGACGCAAAUGCACCGGUCUGGUUUUCCGCGAAGAGGACCAGGCUCUGUUGUCGAAUCUAGAUCCUCGAUUCGAUGACCUGGAAGAUCGUGACUGGGCUCCAGACAUGAAGCGUGGGAAAGGAGACAUCGUGUUUCCUGCUCAACUGGAAGAAAGCCUACGAACCCCGUCGUCUAGGAGCGUUGACCGCAAAGUCGCAAUUUGGUUCCAUUAUGGCGCGUUUCAAAUCCGCGAACCGAAUGAGAUAUUCUACGAGAACGACCUUUUUCGAUUACCUUGCGCAAAUGUCAUCAAGCCAGGCCGCAUUCCGGACAAGGUCUUGAGAUCGCCAUGGUCAGAUGCACAAUUUUGGUUUCUACAAUUGUUAUCUUCGGACUUCUACCUUGACGAAGAUCAGUUCAGCCUGGACCGCUCGUCUGACAUUACCUAUCGCCUCAUUCGAAAACGGAAAUUUGAGCCCUUCCGUCGGUUACUGUCUAUGUCUUUUCGGUCUGGUAAUUGCAGGGUUCCUGCUCGGUGGCCCUUGCAGCCUGUCCACUACUCUCUGGUGCGCCGUUAUGGAAGUGGGUCCGGUGAUCGGUUUAUCAACUUUAUCCUCGAGGAGCGCUGGGAUGAUAUCCCCGUGGAAGUAAAGCAAGAGCUACUGCGGUAUGUCGAGUCGCCAUAG